AUGGCGAAACGAGAAAAAAUUUUCACCCCUCAAGACUGCGGAGAUCUCUUAGCAGAAGGGUUCCAAACCAGUAGGGAUUAUAUUGUCGGCUACCCCCAACCAUUCCAGGUGCACUGUGACAUGGACACUGAUGGCGGCGGAUGGACGGUCAUACAGCGGCGACAGGACGGGUCCGUGCCGUUUGACAAGACUUGGACUGAGUACGAGCAGGGAUUUGGCAAUCCUACUGAAGAAUUCUGGGCGGGAUUGGGAACCAUACACGAUCUAACAACACAAAAGCAAAACGAGUUGUAUGUCUACUUGGAAGAUUGGGAAGGACACUCUCGACAUGCUCGGUACAGCGUGUUUUCUGUAGGAGGCGCAAGCGGCAACUACCAGGCAACUCUUGGCGGAUACACCGGGGAUGCUGGUGACGACUUGACUCUAGCUGACGAAAAUGGACGCCACAGCAUAGAUGGUACAGAAUUUUCUACCAAAGACCAGGACAACGACGACAGCAGCAGCCACUGUGCAAGUACAUACGGACAAGGCGGAUGGUGGUACCCUACAAGCUGUGGUAACGCCAUGUUAAACGGACAGUACCUGACGGCAUGUUCCGACACUUCUACCUGCGACAGUGCACAGGGAAUCGUUUGGAAGUCUUGGAAAACAUACACAUACUCCUUAAUGAAGACCGUGAUGAUGAUUAGGCCCACCAAUGUUUCUACAUCGAGCAUAUGCCAAAACAACGCAACACUUACUACAGGACCACAUGGGACUGGGAUCUAUCGCUGCUCGUGCAGACUGGGAUGGACUGGAACAUACUGUGAUCAGGACAUCGACGAAUGCAGCAGCAAUGGCAACAACUGUGCCCCCCAAGCGACAUGUACCAACACUGCAGGGUCCUUCAACUGUACCUGUAAUACAGGCUACACCGGGGAUGGAGUUACGUGUGCAGCGUGUACCGACUUCUUCAACGUCUAUUCCAAUCAAGCCUUGUAUGGACAUGAUGACGAAAUCAUCGGCGGGAUGACGACUGCGGAUAGGUGUGCCCAGAAGUGUCUUGAAGGAACGGCUACUGUCCCGGAGGGGGAGUGCUUGUCGUUUGACUACUACCGAUCACGUCACAGAUGUCAGCUCAGUAGAGCCAAUCAGAACACAUCUGGAGCAACUCUUGGUCCUGAUAACCUGAACAGAUUCGAUCAUUACGAGAUGAAAGACAUAAUUAGUUUCUUUGACGUCUAUGCUGACCAUGCCUUGUCUGGGCACGAUGACCAGGAUGUUACACCGGCGACCGUGAGUCCCAGGAUCUGUGCCCUGCGAUGUCUUCUAGGGGAGGGCACACUGACAGUCGGGUCCUGUCUCUCAUUCGACAUAGACGACACCAAUCCACGAUGCCUACUGAGUAGAGACAACCAAGUAACAGCAAACCAAGCACUCACAUUGACGUCUGAAUUUGAUCAUUUUCAACGCAAAG